AUGUUGUUUGAUAUCAGCUCUACUCUUAAAAACUGGCAGAAACGCAGACGGAUUUCAAAAUUCUAUCGGGACCAGAAUGCCUUGCUGGAAGCCCACAAAGAAGAUGCCACCACCAUGACCGAAGAAGAAUGCAAAGAAGCCGCAGAGCAAGAACAAAAAACCGCUGUAUGGGAUACUCGAAUUACUACAAUGACCAUAGUUCUGAAUGUCGCUUUAAUUAUUGCGAAAAGUGUGGUCGCGUAUUUGUCCGGAUCAUUGGCCAUUUUGGCAUCUGUAGUAGACAGUUUCAUGGAUAUCACUUCUGGAGUUGUCGUCUGGUAUGCCUGCUAUAAAAUCGAAAGAAUGAACAGAGAACAUUAUCCAGUUGGAAUGAAAAAAUUGGAGCCGCUAACAGUUGUGAUUGUUGGAAUGAUCAUGUUGUUUGCAAACUUCAUUGUUUUGGAAAGAGCUCUAGUUCAGACAAUUAAAAACGAUUUGGAGCCUACAGUGGAUCUGACCACUUUAAUUGUAUUGUGCACAGGAACAGGCAUCAAACUUGUUCUUUUCCUAGUAUGCAGAGUUCGCAAGUCAGCUGCAUGCCUAGUGCUCGCCAUAGAUCAGCGCAACGACUGUAUCACAAAUAUUGUUGCUCUUCUUGGUGCUUGGGUUGGUGAGAACUGGUGGAAGUAUGCAGAUCCUCUAGGCGCGUUCUUGGUUUCCGGCUUCAUAAUUAUCACUUGGUUCUUGACCAUCCGCGAACACAUUCCAUACUUGAUCGGAAGACGAGCUGACCAGGAAUUCAUCAAUCGCAUCACGAAUAUCUCCAUUAACCACGACCAUCACAUCAAAGCAUUGGACACUGUCCAUGUCUACCACUUCGGAGAGAAAUUCUUGGUGGAAGUGCACGCGGUGUUCGAAGAACCAGUGUCCCUUCCUCUGGCGCACGAUGUUGCGGAGAGUUUACAAGUGAAGCUGGAGAAGUUGCCGUAUGUGGAGCGUGCUUUUGUACAUUGUGACUACAAAUUAGAUGGGGAUGAACAUGUCUGA